AUGAAUAUGCUUCUGCUUCUCUUGUUACUUUUACCACUUGACACCAUAUACACAGCUUUGACAAGUAUCUGUGCUUCAAACAAUGACAACAUUGCCAUCACUGAGUAUUAUCAAAUAGAGGACUUUAUCAUUGGUGGCAUUUUUUCAAUGCAUACUUCUGUAACUGACUUAGAAAUCUUUCAAAAACCACCCUUUUUCUUUAAUAUUAUCAAGUUCAGGAUUCAUCCUAAGAACUACCAGCAUAUUCUGGCCUUUGUGUUUGCUGUGGGAGAGAUCAACAAGAAUUCUAAACUGUUGCCCAACAUUACGCUGGGUUUUCGCAUAACUGACAAUUACUGCAUGGGAAUAUUGUCUUAUUUAACCACACUGCAGUUCCUAACUACACAAAAGAGGAUGGACACUAAUUACAAGUGUGGCACACAAGGAAAACUGUUGGCCAUUGUUGGGGGACUUGGCUCAGAAACUUCCAUUCAAAUAUCAAACAUCAUCAGUAUCUACAAGCUGCCACAGCUCAGUUAUGGCUCAUUUGAUCCAGUGCUGAGCGACAAAACCCAGUUCCCUUUCUUCUAUCAGAUGGUCCCAAAUGAAUCAUUACAGUAUAAAGGAAUAAUCCAGUUACUCCUUCAUUUCACAUGGAGGUGGAUAGGCCUGGUUGCUCCAGAUGAUGAUGCUGGAGAAACGUUUGUCCAGACACUGAAGGUAUUGUUGCUUGAGUAUGGCAUUUGUGCUGCAUUUACUCAAAGAAUUUUGACAACAUUCACUGCCACUGAAACAGAAAUCCAGAUGGAAUUGCAUAAAAUUGAAAAUACAUUCUCUCAAACCAAUGCCAAUGUAGUUGCUGUAUAUGGGGAUUCCCAGGCUUUACUUACAUUAACCAUGUGGAUAGAUUUCCAUUACCGAUAUGAAGAAAUGGCUCUUGUAGGGAAAGUGUGGAUCAUGACUGCCCAGUGGGAUUUUACUGCUAUAAACUCUCGGGGUUUGUGGUUUCUAAAACCUUUCCAUGGUGCUUUGUCUUUCACAAUUCACACAAAUGAUGUGCCAGGAUUCCAGGACUUUCUUCACACCCUGAAUCCUCUGCAUCCUAAUGGUGACAUCUUCCUUCAGGCCUUCUGUAGGCAGGCAUUCAACCAUGGGUAUCAAAAUUCUGAUCUGAACUUAGACAAUGGUACAAUAAGUUGCACAGGGACAGAAAAGAUGGAGUCCUUGCCAGGACCUGUGUUUGAAAUGGUCAUGACUGGCCAGAGCUAUAGUACCUACAAUGCGAUUCAUUUUGUGGCACGAGCUUUCCAUGAAAUGUAUUCACCCAAUUCCAUGUACACAGAGUUCGGAAGAAAAGAACAGUUGAAGCUAUGGAAAAUGCAACAAUGGGAGUUGCAUCAUAUUUUGAGGAACAUGAGGUUUAACAACAGUGCUGGGGAUGAGGUGUUUUUAAAUGAGAACCAAGAGUCUGCUAGUGGAUAUGACAUUGUGAAUUGCAUUGUCUUCCCCAAUGGAUCCUUCAUCCAGGUAAAAGUUGGAAAGAUGGACCACCAGAGUUGGGUAGGCCAGCAGUUCACUAUUAAAGAUGACAGAAUCACAUGGAACAGCUGGUUCAAUCAGAUGCUGCCCCAUUCUGUAUGCUGUGACAGCUGCCACUCUGGAUCCAGCAGGAGAGUUCGGGAGGGAGAGCCAGUUUGUUGCUAUGAUUGCACUCCAUGCUCAGAAGGGACCAUUUCCAACCGGAUAGAUGCUGAUCAUUGUGUCAAAUGCCCAGACAAGAAGUAUUCCAACCGAGAACGGGAUCAAUGCAUCCCAAGAUCUAUACACUACCUCUCUUAUGAAGAACCCUUGGGAAUGGCUUCAGCUACCUGUUCCCUAGCUUUGUCUUUUGUCACAGCUUUGAUAUUGAGAAUAUUUAUUAAGCAUCAGGACACUCCAACUGUCAAAGCCAACAAUCGAGAUAUCACCUACAUUCUCCUUGUCUCUCUCCUGCUUUGUUUCCUCUGCUCCUUGCUCUUUAUUGGCCAACCCAGGAAAGUGACCUGCCUUCUACAGCAAACAGUAUUUGGGAUCAUCUUCUCCGCUACUGUUUCUUCUGUGCUGGCCAAAACCAUCACAGUGAUUCUGGUUUUCAAGGCCACACAGCCAGGAAGCAAAAUGAGGAAAUGGCUGAGGAAAAGAGUGUCCAACUCCAUUAUACUUUGUGGUUCCCUUGGUCAACUGGCAAUCUGUACUGUCUGGUUAGCAACAAAUCCUCCCUUUCCAAACAUAGACAUGCAUUCACAGCAUAGGCAGAUCAUAGUCCAGUGUGAUGAAGGAUCCACCACCAUGUUUUAUUGCAUGCUCAGCUACAUGGGUCUUUUAGCAGUUGUCAGUUUUAUUGCAGCUUUCCUAGCACGGAAUCUGCCUGAUAGGUUUAAUGAAGCUAAGUUUAUCACUUUCAGCAUGUUGGUGUUUUGCAGUGUUUGGGCCUGCUUUGUUCCCACGUAUCUGAGCACCAAAGGGAAAUACAUGGUAGCUGCGGAGAUUUUUUGCAUUUUGGCCUCUGGUGCAGGUUUACUCAGCUGUAUCUUUUUUCCAAAAUGCUAUAUUAUAAUAUUAAGGUCUGAUCUUAACUCUGAAGGCUAUCUUGCAUGGAACUUAGUUAAAUCUAAAUCCUAG